UCGAUUCACUACAAGCCUGAACUUCUACGAUGCGUCUCUCCCAUACCUCAACUGACUGCACAGCACAGUCUGCAGCAGCAUAGGAUGUAAUCAAUCCCACAUGUUUCAUCUCUGCGACUCGGGGAUUUUUACUUUGAAUAUUUUUGUACUUUCAUUAGGCUAUAUCCUGCUUGCCACGCAAGGAAUAUAACUUACCAGACAUGACGGGGUCUCAGUUUCUACCCUGCAAAGCCAAAACUCUGCUCAAUGCAAGGGGACUCCGAAGUUCAUAAAAGGGAUUAUUUGCAUCUGGGUGCCUGAGACCUUCGGUGCCUCCGGAUUUUACUUUGGAUUUGGGAUUUAUCGGUUCCCGCCGGGAUGGAAAGCCGAGAUUUCGCCCCUCCGCACCACCUCCUGACGGAGCGGAGUGCUUUAGUUCACAGCGCCGCGUCUCGGAUGGCGCCAGGCGGCCACGGCUCCGUGCAGCACCCCGCUCACUUCCAGCCUGGAAAAUACUACUCAUCCCACCUCUCCAUGGGUCCGCAUACAGGUGCUUCCUUCAUGGGUUCCUUCCUGACCAGCAGUUUGGGGUCACCUUCCUCUCACCCACCUCACCCCUCAGGACCCGCUGCUUCCCCAUCCUCCCCCUCCUACAGACCCCACUCAAGCGCCUCCUCUAUCUGGUUCCCCCAUUCACAUGAAGGGUACCCCAGCUAUUCAGGAAGUCUUGCUUCUCCUUUUCUCCCCAUGAGUCCUCUCGAUCACCAUAGCAACGGUCUCUAUGGACAGCACCGCUUCUAUGAAACUCAAAAAGAUCAUUUCUACCUGAGAGGCCUUCCUCCCCAGCCCCCUCUGCUCUCCACCAAUCACAGCCUCCCUCCACUGUCCAGGACUGCCCCGGGCCACCCGCUUGGCUCAUGCAGCCGAGAGACUGACAAUGGUGGAGGAGGUGUGCAAAAAACCACCAAGGAAAUUGGUGACAAAGUGGUUUCAUCUGUGUCAAAGGAAAAAGAGCGAUCGUCCAGCAAGGAGCGGCACCAGGAAAACAAAGACAAACAUCAGCUCCAUCACCACCAUCCUCACCAGACAAAUCCUUCCACAACCUCAUCCAGCCACCACCAAACUCACCCCCAUCACGUCCUUCUCCCGCACCUGACACCCCACAACAGGGAGGAAGACCACAGACAUGCCCUGGAGCGGCACAAAGAGUUCAGAGACAGUGACUUGGGUAAUCAGGGGAUGAAACAUAUGAGUGCCUGUAAAUUGUCCACUGUUUCGGGGGUAGAGACUGGCUCUGGGGUAGGAAAGGGGGGAGCUCUGAGCAGCUGUAGUGGUGGUGGGGUAGGCAGACCUCCAUCUGGAGGCAGUAGGCGCUGUUCCAAGGAUGGACCAAUGAAUGGUGAGAUGAGGAUCAGUGAAUCCUCAACUUCCUCCUCUGAAUGUAUGAGAAAGGGAGCAUCUACAGCGACUGCCAUCUUGGCACCUCCAACUCCCCACUCUGUGGCCUCUUACUCCAUGCCUCCACCUCCUCCUCCACCACCUCCUCCUCAUGCCUUACACAUUGGCUCCACAAUGACAGGAGGAUGGCUGCAUCCCGCACACCAUCAUCCUCAUCCUGAAUUUUAUUGCCCCCCUGCUCCUCUUACACUGAUGCCCUCCAAAGAUCCGGCAUCAACCUCCAGAGGGUCUGGCAGAGAAGCGAAAAUAUCUGGUCCAACUUAUGUCCCCUCAGUGGGGCCCCUAGGGGACCUGGCAGUCCCUGACUGUCGUGGAGCAGGUGGAGGUGGGAGGAAGGGGGAUGACAAUAGUGGAGAAGGAUCUUAUGAAAGUCCCUCUCAUCAACUCAGCCAACUUAGUAGUUGUCAGAGAAAGGAAAAAUCAUACCAGCAGCAGCUGGAUUACAGUAAGGCUGACAAACCACCUGACUGGAGCCAACAGACACAACACUUCAGCAAACACAGCACUAACCUGGGCUCUCAGCCUGAGUUGCGGUCCUGCAGCCUGGAAACAUCCACAUCCUGCCGAGAUGUCGAGGUUGUGGACGACGUUUACCGGCCCUCCCUCCCACCGGAUGUCCAGGGGACACAUGUUGGAUCUGGUCAAGGCACAACCAAGAACAGCCCAGACACCAGCACUCCUCCCUUCAGGGACUGUUCCCACUCAGGUCCUCAUCCUGAUGGAAGGUUGGGGUCAGGGGCAGCAGUUCAGAGGGAGGGACAAAAGGUUGCUAGGAUACGACACCAGCAGCACAGCAGCCAUGGGGCAAGUACAGAGGAGAGGGGCAGAGAUGGGGGUCAAACAGCACCAUCCUGGGGGGCCCGAGGGGGUCACCAAGAGGACCAGAGAAAAGGCUCCCUUCAUGCAUCAACUUGCAAUAGUGAAAUUAGAGGGCUGAGUAAUAGAGCUCCAAGCAGCGACCAUAGCCAAGCCCAUUCUCAACCGCCUCCAUCUUUGUCCCACUCUUCAUCGCACACCACAGAAGGGGAGGGCAGCGCAAUGAAGAACCUAAUGAACUACAGCACCCAGCAGCCUUCACUGCUGCCUCAGCGAAGCCCUUUUGGAGGUCUGGGCUGUCUCAAGCAGGGUGGAGAGAGAUCAGAAAAAGGGGACAGAGGAGGAGGUAAAAGCAACACCUCCCUGCAAGAACCUCCCAAACAGUCGCUCCCUCCUCGCCGAGGCUCCACUAAUGAGGGAGAGAGGGGGGACAGAGGUGGGAAGGAGGCAGGGGAGUCUGGAGAGGGGGAGGUGCGACAGCCUCCAGUGGGUAUUGCAGUUGCGGUAGCUCGACCCCCCCAUCGUUCUCCUGACAGCGCCCCUGGACACAGUCGACAGGGCAGGGUGCUGCCCAGCAUGAAAGGGGUGUCGCGUGCUGUGUAUCCUCUGGGUCGAGAACCGGAUGAGAGGAAGAGGCUGGCAGAAGAACAGAUCAGUCUUCAUCACCUGGACAGAGACAGAGAAAUGAUCAUCAGGGAAAACAAGGAUCGCGUUGAGUUCGCCAGGAUCCACCCAUCUAGUAGUUGCCAUGGUGACCUGACCUCUCACCUCUUGGUUCAUGGAGGAGCCAGCCAGUUAGGGGCAGACCCAUCUGCACACGCUCACCAAGCUCACCACCACUGGAUGCAGAGGACAGGAAGUCCGUCCCUCUGGAUGGGCCAUUCAUACAGUCUGGGCCAUGUGGGGAUGAGUCCCGGCUUCCCACCAGGUCUCCCCAGUCCUCUGCAGCCCGUCUUGGGGUCCCUAACCCAAGACCCUAGCACACCACUGGUGGUUCUUCCCACAGAACCUGGGGCUCAUCAUCACCUCGAUGUCCUUGAACAGUCAGGUCUUUGGCCCCCUGUAUAUGGCAGCCAUGGUCCUCCUCCUCAUCUGCAACAUCACCCUGUCUACUCCCGUUCGUCAUUCCUACGGCAACAGGAGCUGUAUGCCCUGCAGCAGCAACAGCAGCAGCGAGCAAUGGAGCACAUACAGCGUCACUCCCUAGGACAGAGGAAAAAUGAGGAGCAUGCAAUCACCAUAGAGGACUCCCCUCAUGACUCCUCAGCAUCCAGGACUCCAUCCUCUUUGUCUUCCUCUUCUUCAUCCUCCACAUCCUCUCAUGUGGCCAAGCCCUUCUCCCACACCCCUCCUCCACCCAAGACAUCCACGCCAUCUCCUGGAUUGUGCCCCAGCAGCCGUCAGUCCCCCUGUUACCACUCUCCAUCCAGGCGACCACAUCCGCAGAACCCUCUAACCCCUGCUCCGAGUCCGGCUGCGGCAGCACCACGUUCCCCAGCGCUCAGCCCUGCUCCUUCACACCAUUCUAAAGGUCUGGAGAGGAGCAGCGAGAGGGGCGAGGGACAGCCACCUCAGGACUACCCACAAUCCCUAGAGCCAGACCUGCCACCUGUUUACACCUUCCCUCCCAUCACAAUGGGUUUUAAGGCUGGACCAUCACCUCCUGAAGCCCGAUUGGCUGAACAUACCAUGGCAGAGGCAGAUCCUGCAGAGCCUGAGUGUAAGACCCUCCCACACCCUUGCCACAUCCAGUCUCUCACUGAUGAAGAGGAAAGGGAUGAAGUGGAACAGAGAGGCUGUGAAGAGGUGACGUCUCAGAGCGGAGGUGCAAAGAAAGAGAAAGAGGAAAGGGAAGUAGAAGGAAAAGGAUGCUCCAUGUCUGAGAGCCCAAUUUCUGGACUGCCGCCAUGCCCCUCUCCAGUUUCACUCCCAGACCCUGCCUGCCUGGCCUCAGCCACAGGCAAAGCCCUAAAAGUAGAGCUCUCUUUGGUUUGCCCAGGCCAGAAGGCCAGCCUGGAGGAGCCACAGCUAUCCAAAGAACAGAAGGAUGAUAGGGAACUUGAAAAAGAGGACAAGGAGGAGGAUAAGGGCGAGGAAAAGAAGCCCGAACCAACAGAAUGUACUGUGUCUGUGCCUGAAGAACUGAUAGAGGAGAUGCAGGAGGAGGGGGAAGACAAUAGUGACAAAGAAAAAGAGAAUGUACAGGUGGAUGAGGAGGAAGAGGAGGGGAGUAGGAGGAGCACAGGUGAUGAUGACCUGUUGGAAUUAACAUGUAGCUCCCCCACAUCUCCCGUGUCCUCUGACCCCAUCGUUCCUGCCACGGCAGCCCAGCUCCAAGGGGCCUACAUGUGGAGUCUGGAGCUGCUGAUCGCUGCAGCUCUGUGUGCCACCAGAGAUGCCUUGUACCCAUCUGCACCUACUGUCCAGGCCCCAAGCCCCCCGCCGCACCACGGUAUGGAGAUACUUGGGGAGCUGGCAGAUUUGGAAAUCCAGCAGCGGAACAAGGAGGGCAAAGAUAAAGACACAGAAGGCGAGGACAUGCUGACCUUUGACCUCCACAGUCUGGCGACACUGGCGGCUGCUCGCGCCCUAGAGAUGGGGGGAGGAGCAGUAGAUAUGAGGGUGGACCAGCAGUGUCCAAUCAGGAAGAGGCUCAACCUGCGCAGGAAGUGCAGCUGGACACCUCGUCAUGAGCCAGUGUGCCCAGUGAAGGGCUCCAUGGAGACGAUGGGAGGGGAGGAGCUGGCCAUGCGUGUCCAGCUGGCUGAGCUACAGCGCCGCUACAAAGAGAAACAGAGAGAACUGGCCAAGCUACAGAGGAAACACGACCACCAGAAAGAGGAGACGUCUCGUAGCCCUGCCCGUCGGGGGCCUGGCCGCCCCCGCAAACGCAAGUCCACCCCCGGCCCAGCUGCUGCAGAGAGCUCCAAAAGACUCCGGCCUGGGCUCAAUUUGCUGGCAGAAAAAGCUACAAAGAAAAUGUCCAAUCACAGCUUCAACAGCCUCAGCGCUGCACAGAUGAAAGCUCGCUGUAAGCACAGAGGUCGUCCCAGUACUCUGAACUCCAGGCUGGCCCGGCGAGUAACCCAGCUGAAACAGAAGGCUGCAGCCCAGCGUGGAGCUCCCACAGCAGGCAUGGCACACUGCAAAGACAUGGCACCCAAGAGACAAGGAAGGAGUGACCCACAGCAGAACUGGGUAGCCUCUCAGACCGUGAAGAGGAAGAGGGGUCGGAAGCCAAAGCUGCUGAUGGGAGUGAACCCAAACAGAGCUCACCACAAAGAUGAGCGGGCGUCUGAGAAACAGGAGGUCAGGGAAGAGAAGAGUGACAGUGAGAGUUCAGAUCACGAGGAGGAUGGCAAUGGCAGCUAUGACAGUGAAGAUGGAGCUGGUGACACCAAGAUUAGCUCAUCCUCAAAAGAAGCUCUCGUAAACCCAGCUGGGAUUACAUCUUUUUCAUCACAGUCCUCCAAGUUUCAAGCAAACCAGAGAGCCCGAAGUAAGAGACCAGAGUCAUCUGACUCAGGAAGCUUACGUGGUUCAGACCAAAGGAGAGCACCCAGGAGGCCAAACCUGGGCAACACAGAGAGGGGACACCCUGACCACCAUGGGCCUAAGAGAGUGUCCCUGCCCGGCUGGGGUGUGUCGUUGUUGGGUUCCCCUUUUGGGAAUGAAGCAAACAGAACCACCAAGGAGGUUGUGGGGAAGAACUCAACAGGACAAGGCAUUCUGGGAAAGGCCAAAGGCCAUGCAGUGAGCCGGUUACUGCAGAGCUUUGCAGCUGAUGAUGGCUUUCACUUGGAUGAGGAGAGCAGUUUCUCUGAAGGAGAAGAGGAGGAGGAAGAGGAGGCCAAGGAGAGGACGGCGAUCCAGCUUCCUCCCAACAUGCCUAGCAGAAUACCUGCCCUGCCAAAUUGUGUUCUCAGUAAGGAAAUGUUGGUAGAUGGGCUGAAGAUCCUAAUCUCUAAAGAGGACGAGCUGCUCUACGCCGCCUGUGUUCAGACUCUGGACUUGCCUGACAUAUUUAGUGUUGUCAUUGAAGGGGAACGAGGGAAUCGACCCAGGAUCUACUCACUGGAGCAGCUGCUACAGGAAGCGGUGCUAGAUGUGCGGCCCCAGACUGAAGCUAUCCUAGCUGCAGGGACACGAGUGUGUGCCUACUGGAGUGAGCGCUCUCGCUGCCUUUACCCUGGUUACGUCCACCGAGGAGGCCCAGGUGAAGAGGAGAAGGAGGGCAGUGUGAUGGUGGAGUUUGAUGAUGGUGACCGAGGAAGGAUCUCCCUUGCAAACAUCAGACUCCUGCCUCCGGGAUACCAAAUACGUUGUGCUGAACCUUCUCCAGCACUUCUCAUCUCACCUGGUCGCCGUGGUCGACACAUCUCCACUCAGGAGAAGAAAGACACAACCACAGAAAAAGCAGCCAAUGAGGAGGGUCCCGGGAGGCCGCAGGAGAAAAGACCAGUUGGCAGACCGAAGAAAAUCCACUCAGUGCCUAAAACCGCCAGCGUACCAACGUCAUUGUCAGAAACGGUAACCAAGAGCAACACUUCCUUGUUAAGCUGGUCUGCACCCAGGAAAAGGCCCCCAGUCGACUUCUUCCUGUUCAAUGGAACAUCUCGGAAAACCCAAAGGAGAAUUCGAGAACGGGAUCUGGCCUUAUUCCACCGUCCUGCAUCCCACCCUCUUGUGCCCCCAACCCCAAUGAAAAGCAUCUUUGGAUCCCCCUUUGAGGUGGACUCAUUUAGCAGCAUCGCGAAUGGCUACUCUACAUUUGGAAGCAGUGGAAAUUCUGGAGCUGGUCGACCCGGCACCACAAUAGCCUCCAUGGGUCUGCGAGAUCCUUCACCCUCGACUUGUUCUUCAGCUGUUACAAUUGCGAUGGGAGCUGCUAACAGGAAGCUAGUGAGUGAGCGUGACAGGAAGCAGUUCCUCGUAAAGCUUGACCAUGAGGGGGUGACUUCUCCUAAAACGAAGAAUAGCAAAGCCUUGCUUCGACUUGGGGGGAGUGGAGUGAGAGGAGGGAAAAGCCUCACCUCCACAGGAGCACCACUGCGAUACAUCCACCCUGCUCUGCUGGUGAAGGAUGGGAAGAAGGGUGGUGGAGAAAGAGACAGUACUGGGGCCCGUUCUGAGGCUCUUCUAAAAGGUACCCCACCUCUUAGAAAGGAUCCUCUGUCUGCUAGUCUUGGUGGAGAGUACAGUCUGGAAUACCCAAGUGACUGUCCCAGCUCUUACUCUGAGCUGGACGAGGAUGAUGAAGAGGAUGGCCAAACUGCUGAAGCACGAAGAAAUUCUGCGGUGACAUCCCACCGUGGAGGUCGUUUUCUCUCUCGUCUCUCAGUUUGUUUCUCUUCCUCAUCAUCAUCAUCUUCCUCAUCCGGCUCCAUCUCCUCUUCAUCCAUCUGCUCAUCAGAUAAUGAUUCUUCCUACUCCUCUGAUGAAGAGUCGUCAUCUGUGCUACUGCGCCGCGCUCUACUCCAGCAGGACAAACACAAACAAAGGCAAAACAUGACCUCUGACCUUCUCAGCAAUGAUCGCACCACCUCAAACUCCUCUUCAUCCACAUCAGCUCCUGCUCAUGGUUAUGUGGCCAAAGCCAGCAUGGCUGUUUCGGGGUCAAAGAUGAGGGCUGGGAGGACUGAGGAGAGAAAGGAAUAUUUGUCUAAAGGGAGCGCGGCUGCGAACAACAGCACAGCUAAAGGCCAGCUGAAAAGGAAAGAAGGAGGUCCAAACAGCCACCAUCAGAACCAGAGUAGUCCUGUGAACCAGCAGCCAAAAUCCAUCUCCAAGGACCCACCAUCAUCCAAGAGGCAGAGGAUGUCCUCACCUGAACCUUUGCCCAGCAUGACCCCCCUGUUGCCUGGACGUCAACUCUGGAAAUGGUCUGGGAAUCCCACACAGAGGAGAGGUCUGAAGGGUAAAGCCCGCAAGCUUUUUUACAAGGCCAUCAUUCGGGGCAAGGAGAUGGUGCGUGUUGGGGACUGUGCUGUGUUUCUUUCACCUGGCCGGCCCCAGCUGCCCUACGUGGGCAGAGUGGAGAGCCUGUGGGAGUCGUGGAGCUCCAGCAUGGUGGUCAGGGUCAAGUGGUUCUACCACCCAGAGGAGACUCGCCUGGGGAAGCGACACCGUGAUGGCAAGAAUGCUUUGUACCAGUCAAGCCAUGAAGAUGAGAAUGAUGUGCAGACCAUCUCCCAUCGCUGCCAGGUGGUCAGCAGAGCCGAGUACGAUCACCUGAUGCGUGAUCGCAAAUCGGGCAGCAAUGACCUAUUCUACCUGGCUGGGACCUACGAGCCAACCACAGGCCAGCUGAUAGGAGUGGAUGGCAUGGCGAUUGUAUCCUAGCACCAUCAGCUAGAGAGAAACCCAAAUAUUGACCCAAACUCUGGAGUUGACAGCUUCCAGGAGAGUCCUUCAGAACAGACCAAGGGAUGGAGAAAACCAACACAAAGAGGUUCUGAAGUAGCAGCACCCGCUGGAUAAAGCCUGACAGUCCUGGCACUUAAGAGUCUAACUCUUUUUUGGGGGGGUGAAAGUCCUGAUCCAAGUCAGAUUUGUACCCCUUUAUCAGAUGUGGACUAAGGCCUGUUUGUCACAGCGAGAGUCUUUCCUACAGCCUUUCCUGUGGCUGAAAUAAAGAGUAUCUUGUCACUGUGACAAGAUUAUAGCAACAAAAGAACAGGAGCCAAGGACAGGAGCACUUUGGAGUAUAGUAGCUUGGAUAUGCUAUAGAGAGAGGUUAGCAGACUUAGCUUUCUGACAACAAAGACUGACUCAGAGAACAGGAGGGGAGGGACAGGGAGGGGGAGGCUGUAUGGUAAGGAGAGCCUUACUGUUAAACCACAUUGUUUGGAUGGUUUCAAAUGGUCUUAUACUGAUAGUUUGAUAAUGACAACACGAUUGGGAGAUCCCCAACAGGACCAAAAAAACACUGUAGUUCAGAUAUUGUGCGUAAAAGUGUGUGUGUUUGCAGAGUGGCUGUGACAGCCCUGCUCGGCAUUUAAUGAGCUCUAAGCAAAUAGUGCUUUAGUGUGUGUGUGUUUGUACUAUAACAUCUGUGUGUGUGGUCAUGCAUGUGUACGCCUCAGCUUGUCUGUUGCAAGCCGAUAUGACGUCAUGACACACCUUUGGUAUGUCUUUAACACAAUUUUAAUCUGUCCAGUACUUAAUGUGCAGUUUCAGCCACUGGGACUGAAACGUUUUUUCUCUCGUCAAGCCAUACACGUCAAUACCUCUCUCGCAUCCUCCUAUUCAGGUGCGAAGACACAUGUACAGGUAGUUGGAUUGUUUAUUUUAACUGUGUGCGUGCAGAUGUGUGUGUGCCUACGUGAACAUGGGAGUGUGUGUGCGCUUUGUACAUUAUUAUGUAUAAAAUAACAUGUUGAAAAUAAUAUUCAUAUAUAUUUGUCCUGGUUUUUUGUUUUGUUUUUUUUUUUCUUUUGCAGAGAUAAUUAUUUUAUUUGGAUUUUUUUAGGGUGUGUGUGGGGGGGUUGGGGGCUCCAGCAGAGAGAGGAGGUUUGUUCAAGUUUCCGUCUCUCUCAAUGCACUGAACUGAGGUUUGGAUUUGGGGUCAAACUGAUGUGAAGAUGUUGUGGUUGCAAGCUCUCCUUUAGGCAGGAGAUAAACAUGUAGAAAUGGUGUUGGAGGAUGUUAUUUUAAUAAGAAAACCAGAAAAGGCUCUUUUAAAACAUGUGUCCACAUGUAUUUUCUUUAUUUUACUCUAUUGGAUUUAGAAUGUGCAUUUUUGUUUUUUUGUUUUUUUUUGUUUUGCAAUUACUGGAAAGGAAACUGAGUUUCUACUGUCCUCUGAUCCUGAAAAAUCUAGAUCAUCUUUAUCUAUUUUAGCUUGUAUUCCUAUGUAAAAUGUAGAUAUUUAUCUGGCAUCAAAAGAAACAUACCAAAGCACCUGUGAGUUUACGCAUCAACGCAUUAGAAGAAUACAAUUUUAUAAAACAAAAAGAUGUUCAAUCAAAUCUAAAUCCGGGAACCCUGCAAUCACAGAGGUAUAAGUAGAGUUCCUCUCGUUGUCUGCUCGUGUCCAUCCAGCGUUGCUAUGACAGCCUCUGGUAAAAACGUUGCAGCAACAUUGUGUGCAUGUGGCCCAGCUGAUGCACUUGAGAUCUCUACAGCAACCAGAAUGGCAUCACGUGACUGUGAAGGACAAUCAGCACCAAUCAAUGGGACAGUGUUGGAAAAAAAAGGUUAGGAUCAAAUCACAAAUUGUUGUCACUUUUAUUCCUGCUUUGCCAAAAAAAAUGUGUGUUUUAUGUUUGCUUGUUUUCCUACUUUGUCAUUGUCAUUUUGUUUAUGCAAGCCUGUGAUGACUUGUUGUCGGUUGUAUACUAGGAUGUACAGGGGGAAGAACAUGAAUGCCUUUUGUUUCUUUUUUGGACAUUGACUGACUUUUAACAACAAUGUUGCUGUUACACUGCAAAGCAAAAGCUUUAAAAGGAAACUAAUGUGAAACACAGUUUUGAAAUAUUACUUUAAAGGGUCUUUAAUUGAUUUUUUUUGAAAAAGCUGUAUUUUCUUUAAGAAACACUGGAUUCAGCUCUAACCAUCACGUUCUGACAGAAG